AUGUCAAUCUACACGCGAUGUCCACAGCGGAUAGGUUGCGCAUCUGCGCACCGCGCCAGAUGGGGGCGCCGAUUUGUGCGCAGCUAUGCCUCAGACACGGUCGACGAUCCUGAAUGGUUCCAGCAAGUGCGCACCGACUUGCUGAGUCGAAAGCCACAAGAGUAUCGCGAAGACAUAGACGUAUUUCACUACGAACACCUUCGCACAACCCUUGCGGCAUUUCCACCACAAUUCCCUGGGCUAGUUGUUGGACGCCGACAAUUAGUCCCGUUACCCGAUGUUCUGACACGCUUCAAUGCCGCAAUAAAGACCUCAGCGCUCCUGCCUGAUGGCACCGACCCCCUACACAGUCCAGGCGAGCCGUGGGCGCGGCGCAUGUGGGCAGGCGGAGCUGUCAGGCUCAACCCCAAUCUCAGUUCCAUGUUGGGGCGCCCAUACAGGACACUGUCCGGGCCGGUGGAGACGGCCAUAUGUGUCGAGCGCAUAAAAGACGUUCGGCUGCGGGGAACUGGCGACAAGGCCAAAAUAUUCAUGACGGUCGAGCGAAGCUUUUCCCCUGCACCUGCAAAGGCACGCAGAGGCGCUGCUAAAAAGAAAGUGCAGGAUGCUGCCAACAUCAGCGACGAUUGGGGCGAUGUUUGGAUGAAGGAGGAGCGCCGUCUUGUUUUCCUCCAACCAAAGAGAGCGACUGCACUCGAGGCCAUACAGGCUGGCGUCACACUGGUACCCAGGUACCUGCAGCCACUGACGGACCCGGAAAUCGCACACAAGCUCACGCCGACGUGUUCCCUCCUCUUUCGGUACUCUGCGCUUACCUUCAACGGCCACCUGCUACACCUCGAUCCCAGAUACGCGCAAGAUGUCGAGGGCCAUCGCAAUACGCUUGUGCAAGGACCGCUCACGCUCACGCUGAUGCUUUUGGCGCUGGACAAGCAUGUCCUCGCUCCAAAAGGCAUCGAUUCUGAAAGGAUGGAAUCAAUCGAGUACCGCAACCUAUCUCCGCUUUACUGCGACGAGGAGCUGCGCGUAUGCGUAAAGAACAAGAAGCGGGAAUUAACCGGGAAUACUUGGGACGUCUGGAUCGAGGGUCCUACAGGCGGUCUGGCUGUCAAGGCGGUUGUGCGAACGGUUGAACUUGAAGAUUCACGUAAAGAAACUGCCGUGUCCACCGAUCCUGCAGCAGAUGCUGUGGUAAACACAGGUCUGCCAGUCGCCAACACGAUCGCCCCUGAAGCCGAAAACAAGUCCGCUGCACCCAACCACGAGGACUCCAGCAGUCAGCAGCCACAGGCGCAACCCACAACCCAGCUCGAGGCACCUCUCCCCGACACCUCGUACAAAGAGUACUCGCGACAUUGGCGCAAAGAGCGCAUCGGCAAGGCCCUGCGCUAUCUCUACUUCGACAGGUCGCCGCUCUUGACCCAGACUGAAGUUGCACGCGACCCUCCAGUCGGCAGUUCUCGCCCGGAGAAGCGUUCGGGCCCCCUGCCAUUCUUCGAGUUGAUGGAGAAAAGGGCCCAGGAACCGCCGCGCAAACUUACCUUUAGGAAGGUCAAUCAGCUAGUCGUGCGCAAAACAGCUAUUGCCUCAAGAAACGCGGCGAGAUAG